CGUUUUCGAGGCUGUGUCGUUUGAUUGAGAGAGAGCAAGCUUAAAUCCUGCCCCUGCAGGAGAGAAGAGAGGAGCUUGACGUUACGCGGUUAGCCUUGGAUGUAAGAUACUAAAGCAGCCUUUCGUUAUUUCUUCAGAGAGAAGAUGUACUCAGCUUUUGGGGCUCCCAGAAUUUACAACGCCCCUCUCACUUCUAAAUUAACAGAAAAGCAAAGGAAGAAGCUCUGUGACCUGUUGGGGAACCUGGAACUGUCUCUUCUCUACAAAGCUUCAGUUCAUGGAUAUCAAGCUUCUGCCUUCCACCAGAGAUGUGACCGUCAGGGUCCCACUUUACUUGUAGCCUACAACCGUUCAGGCUACAUCUUUGGUGGAUACACUAGUGUAGAAUAUGCUCAGAGCGGGCAGCCAAUUACAGAUAAUCACGCUUUCCUGUUCAGUGUUCAUAAUGGUGGAGCCCCUGUUGGCAUCAGAGUUAAAAGUGGACAUUAUGCACGCUAUGAUGAUGCUGGAGGGCCCAACUUUGGCCAACAGUUGUACUUUUGCUACAGCAACCAUCCACUUGUUAAAAUUGAAUAUAAUCAUGAAGCAUUCAAUUUUAGUCCUUUCUCACUAUAUGGUAAUGACACUUGGCUGAGUGAGUGCGAAGUGUACAAAGUGGCAAAGAGAAGUACUCUGUCAGAGCCUCAGGUCAGUGCAGAGAAGCCGUGGAGGAAUGUUCUGUGGACAGCUGAACGAAGAGCAGAGCUCAUGGAAAUGAUCAGGAAUUAUAAACCCCUGAUGAAAUCUGUGAGUCGUGUCCGAAUCCUAAUGAUCGGUCCUGUAGGUGCUGGAAAAUCAAGUUUCUUCAACUCCAUCAACUCCAUCUUCACUGGUCAUGUGACCAGCAAAGCAAUUUCAGGAUCUGUAGGCACUAGUCUCACCACACAGUUUCGCAGAUAUCCAGUGAAAGACGGUUGUGGAGGAAGGCUGUUGCCAUUUGUGUUGUGUGACACCAUGGGACUCGAGGAGCAGUCAGGUGCAGGACUGGAUAUUGAGGACAUCAGCAGCAUUCUUCAAGGUCAUGUACCAGACCGUUAUAAAUUCAACCCCACAACACCGUUUCAACCUGAUGAGCAAAAGUCCUCCAGACCUGCAUCUCUUCAGGAGAAGAUCCACUGUGUGGUGUAUGUGAUAGACGCCACCAAAAUCUCCCUCAUGUCUGACAAACUACAGGAAAAACUUGCUUCCAUACGCAGAAAAGUGAACUCACUGGACAUUCCUCAGAUGGUUUUGAUGACAAAAGUAGAUGAAGCAUGUCCUCUAGUGGAGAAGGACCUUCAAAGUCUUUAUGUCAGUUCCUACAUCAAGUCAAAGGUGCAGGAGGUGAGCUCUCGGUUGGGUGUGCCGGUGUCUUGUGUGUUACCGGUGAAGAACUACAGUCAGGAGCUGGAGCUGGAGCUCAACUGUGACGUCCUGCUGCUCACCGCUCUACAGCAGAUGCUCAACUUCGCAGACGACUAUCUGGAUGAUGCUGGUCACGUGGAGUACGACUUCUAAUAAAUCGCUGCUGGUCGAAAAUUUUCUUUUGAGGCUGUUAACACUAAUGGUUUUUGUUUGAGUGCUAAUGACUGAUUGCAUGAUGUUUACAUUUUGUGAAAAAUAAUUGUUAAAGUACAGAAAGACACGAGUUAUUAAAUUGAGCAUAUGUUAAAGCAAAACAUG